AUGGAGCCGGGACUGCCACUGUAUUCGUUGGAGUCUGUAGCGUGUCUGCUCAGGAGUUACAACCAUCUGCUCGCUCCAACUGCCGCCGCGCCAGCUCCUGAUGUGCAUAGCGUGGUGAAUCCAUUGCUGGCUGCGUUGCCGCCGCAGCUGCACUGCUUGCCGCCAUAUUGUCAUCAUAUUCCUCCGAGAAAUACUACACUUCUUCCAUCACCGACGAGCGAGCUGGAAAUCCGACGUCGCGGUGAGAAGCGACCCAUCCCUCAGGAGCUGAAGGAUGAGAAGUACUUCGAGCGACGACGCCGGAACAACCAGGCUGCUAAGAAAUCCAGGGAUGCCAGGCGAAUCAGAGAAGACCAGAUAGCGUGGCGGGCAUGUCUACUAGAACAAGAGAAUGCGUCGCUCCGAGCUCACGUAGCAGCCCUCAGACAAGAAGCCCUAGCGCUCCGGUCACUGCUGGCGGCCAGGGACGAGCCACCGGCACCCGCGCCUUCUUCUACUACACCGGAUUAGAUAUAGAAAGAGGAUACUAGAUUAAAGAUAGAAUACCUACUAGCAUAUCUAGUCGUAUUUUUCAAGUUUUGAUCAGAAUUCGGUAAUUAGUGCUAAAGGGUUCAAAAUAGCGGAUUUGCAGCUUGUACGGGCGCUGACAGGAGUGUAAGCACGAGCCUGCACAAAUCAUUACCACUGGUUCGAGCGAACUUGCCCGUGAAAGCUAAAGUACGUGAAACUGGUCAUUUGAAGCAAAAUGUACCUAGCAUGGGCUUAGGCUGCCUG